UAUCAUGUGACCUAUUCAACUCUCUCUCUCCCUCUUUCUCUCUCAUAAGAGCCCAUAAAAAAAUAGCCUGGCUUUCCAACCAGUCCAACCACCAGAGACCUCAAAGUUUCUAUCUUUUUGCUGAAUUUCUCUGGUUCAUCAGUACCCACUUUCAUCUUAGUAGUUUCUUGAAUUGUGUGUGUGUAUUGUGAUGCUAAAAUGUCUGCGAGUGUUUCAAGAUUCAUCAAGUGUGUGACUGUGGGUGAUGGGGCUGUUGGCAAGACUUGUAUGCUCAUUUGCUAUACCAGUAACAAGUUCCCCACUGACUAUAUACCUACAGUGUUUGAUAACUUCAGUGCAAAUGUGGUAGUUGAAGGAACUACGGUCAACUUAGGCCUUUGGGAUACAGCAGGUCAAGAAGAUUACAAUAGGUUGAGGCCGUUGAGCUACAGAGGAGCUGAUGUGUUCGUCUUAGCGUUUUCAUUAGUCAGUCGUGCAAGCUAUGAGAACAUACUUAAAAAGUGGAUCCCUGAACUUCAGCAUUUUGCUCCGGGGAUUCCAGUGGUACUAGUUGGCACCAAACUAGAUCUUCGUGAGGACAAGCACUACUUGGCUGAUCAUCCUGGAUUAAUUCCUGUUACCACUGCACAGGGGGAGGAGCUCCGUAGACAAAUUGGCGCCUCUUACUACAUUGAGUGCAGCUCCAAAACUCAACAGAACGUAAAAGCAGUGUUCGAUGCCGCUAUCAGGGUAGUCAUCAAGCCCCCACAGAAGCAAAGGGAGAAGAAAAAGCCACGUAGAGGGUGCCUUGUGGAUAUCUUCUGUGGAAGAACUGUCUACCAGGAAUGAAACGCAUCAAAGCAGCAGACUUCGUACCAUUCUACAUGCGGACACAUUGUUCUGAGUUCUCUCACUGGUUAUAGCAUCCAUGCCGUAGAUUAGUCUUUCCAGGCAUAAUUUACCCGUUACCUCAACUUUUGUCUACAAUUGGAUCAUUUGGGCAGAACUUAUUGAUAUAUGAGUAGUACUGUUUUUUCUGCUGCUGUUGUAGAGCUAGUAACUAAAAACUAAUCCUCAGUGCAGAUGCAUAUUUUAGUGUAAGAGAAGUCAAGAACGGUUGUGAAGUUGAAAACUUCGCCAUCGCCACAACCUAUGUGGAUGACGUUUACCUUACUGUGAGAGGUUUUGGGUUCAAACUCAAGUUCUGUCUGUUCCCCUUCUGUCGCAUUGUACAGAAAAAUUUGAAAGCUUUCCUUAUUUAGAUCAGUUCUUGCUUA